AUGGCGCUCAACAAGAACCACUCGGAGGGCGGCGGAGUGAUCGUCAACAACACCGAGAGCAUCCUCAUGUCCUACGAGCACGUGGAGCUCACGUUCGGCGACAUGAAGAACGUGCCGGAAGCCUUCAAAGGGACCAAGAAAGGCACCGUCUACCUGACCCCGUACCGGGUCAUCUUUCUGUCCAAGGGGAAGGAUGCCAUGCGGUCCUUCAUGAUGCCCUUCUACCUGACGAAGGACUGCGAGAUCAAGCAGCCGGUGUUCGGGGCGAACUACAUCAAGGGGACGGUGAAGGCUGAGGCCGGAGGCGGCUGGGAAGGCUCUGCCUCGUACAAGCUGACCUUCAUGGCCGGGGGUGCCAUCGAGUUCGGACAGCGCAUGCUGCAGGUGGCCUCGCAAGCCUCCCGAGGCGAAGCCCCGCCCGGAGCCUAUGGCUACUCCUAUCUGCCCAGCGGGCCCUAUGUCUUCCCCCCGCCCGUCGCCAACGGAAUGUACCCCUGCCCUCCCGGCUACCCCUACCCACCGCCCCCGCCCGAGUUCUAUCCAGGACCUCCCAUGAUGGACGGGGCCAUGGGAUACGUGCAGCCCCCACCGCCGCCGUACCCGGGGCCCAUGGAGCCGCCUGUCAGCGGCCCCGAGGUCCCCUCCACUCCGGCAGCCGAAGCCAAGGCCGCAGAGGCAGCCGCCAGCGCCUACUACAACCCGGACAACCCGCACACCGUCUACAUGCCCGCGAACCAGCCUCCGCCCCCUCCCUACUACCCCCCAGAGGAUAAGAAGACCCAGUAG